CUGAGAUUUCAAUGGCAAGUUUGACCCAAAUAGCAAUCAAAGCACUCAUUACUCAAUUGAAUGCGUGAACAUUGCGCCAAUCAAAAGUAAGUUUAUAACUGAGCAUCCAAUCAAACUCAAAGCCGCUCAUGAGAUUCUUCCGUGCAGCUUCUGUUCCAACUUCGAAGUCUGCAAUGUGCAUCUUGAGCAAGCUCGGAUUCCAGUCUCGCUCAUGCAGGCUGUCCCGACUCCCCUCGCAUCCGAUUUCUAGCUACGGUGCCUAUCCUUUUGUCGGAGGGCUCUCCUCCUCCCCGUUCCUCACCUUCGAAGACCCACUUCUUGAACACUUGCGGCAGCUGACAGGGCCACAGGGCGGAUUUUCUGCUACCCCUAUUCUUGAUUGAUUCGAACCACCCAAGUUUUAUCAACACUUGUCCCGCUGCAGAACCCCGCUUUUUCCGCCUCCCCCCUCAAAUUUCGAGAUGGCCAACUCCCACGAAGCCUCCCCAGAGCCCAUUCUCCUGACCCCCGCAACAGAGCCCCUGCCAUGGCUCGGGUGGGAUCCCUUUAACACCGAGCACCUGGACAAGAAAGUGGGGAUCAACCUGCCCCACAUUGCGGUGGUCCUGGUGCAUUGGUUCAUUUCAAUUGCGAUGAGGGGGCCGGCGCAGAUUGGGGCCAAGAUCGCCCAUGUGGUGCAGUAUGUCGUGGACCCGAUCCUUGCCUUCUUCACAGGAAGCUAUUACCCCUUCGCGGGCCCCUGGAGCGAGCGGCGCGCAAUUUGCCUGAUCAACAACGCCGAUCCCAAUUACGGUGUGCCUGAACUGGACGGCAAACCGCUAUACAGCCCGGCUGAUUUUCCAUUUGAGCCCACGGACGCCGACAAAAACGGCUUCCACGAGUGGGUGGUGCAUUUCCUGGCGCUGACUAUCAAGGCCGCUUACGAGCAACCCGAAGUCAUCCAGGAAAUCGUGAGGCGCGAGUGGCCCAGCUUUGAAUACCUGGAGCACUUCACGACAGCGCCCGACGUGCCGAAACCCGAGACGGACGAGCGCAAAGUCGAGCGCGCAAAGCGGCUGCACCGCGAGAAGUCGAUGCGCGCGCGGGGGCAUGUGGAGGCACCCACCGCCAGGCAGAACAUCGUUAACAAGGUAUCGGCGGACCUUAUCCCCGAGACCCACGCGUUCCUGAUCAAGAACGGCCACUCCCUGGUGCUCUUCUUCCGAGGAACAGAGCCGUCCAAGCUCGCCGAAUGGUGGUCCGACUGCGACCUGGACCCGUCCAAGCCGGGCGACCUGAUCAACAUCGAGGGCCGCGUGCACCAGGGCUUCUACGACGCGCUCUUCUACCAGCCGCACGAUAUCCCCGACGAUGAAGGGAACCCAAUUCCGCAGCGCAGCAUCUUCAACAAGAUCUGCGCGCGCCUGCACCAGGAGCUGCAAGCGCCCGGCGGGCGGAACCUCAAGGUCUACGUCACGGGGCACUCCCUCGGUGGCGGCCUGACAUCCGUGUUUGCGCACACGCUCGCGCACCCGGGCAGCGCCCCCUCCGACAAGCCCAAGGGGCUCCCCCUCACCGUGGGCUUCGACUCCGCGAAGCUGAUCUACCCCCACUUGGCGGGCGUGGUUUCCUGGGCGGGCCCGCUUGCCGGCAACUACGACUUUGCCGAGUUCGUCAUCAAGCACUAUAAGGGGAAGGUCUUCCGGAUGGUGCACUCUUCGGACAUCGUUACCAAGAUCCCCGCCGGCCUUGGGUACUACCACCACCCGCAGGAGUACUUCCUCGCAUACAACGGCGACAUCUACAGCGACGCGGAGGAGAUCGAGGCAUGGCGCAUUUUGGAAGGCGACUUCUUCGACCUCUUCUACGUGCAGAAGGCGCUCUACGGCUGGACCCGCUUCGCCCCUAACGGCGUGCCCAGCGGCCUCCCGUUCAUGCCCGACGCCGUGGCUUGGUUCUGCCGCAACAGCGCGCGCACCGUGCUGCGCGUCAUGUUCUACUUCCUGGGCUUCAUCGUCCCGGGCCACACGGUGUCCGGCGUGACGGACCACUGGCCGUGCGACUACGAGCAGAAGGUGCGCGUCGCGGCGCUCGCGCUCGGGAGGCUCAAGAAGACGCCCCCCGCGAGCGCAGCAAGCUGGAAACCACCAACAUGGCGCGCGCGCGCCACCUCUAUUGCGCGGCCGGCCGCCCGGUCAUCCCUUUCAGUCUGACGCCUCCCUGAGACUGCCGGCGCGCAGCUGCAGCCAGCCAAGGCCGGGAUUGUGGUGCCAAGCCGGAUAUGGAGGCGCUAUCUUAUAACCGAGCCCGUAUCCUGAAGCGGGCUCUUAUAUACGCCUAUAAAGGCAGCAUAGAGACUGUGCUUUGUGUGCACAGAGUACAUAUUACGAGGCGCCCUGGCAUUCGGCGUUGACACCGGCAACCUGAGUGCGUUGCGAGUUUCCCGCCGAUGUGUGGCUCCCAUAGAUAAGCUUGCAUAGAGAAUCCUGAUAUCUUUUGUGUUGCAAGUCCUGCUGGUCGGGUCUCGGUCAAUAGGCAGUCGGCCAGUGUGUUUUAUAAGUGUUUGAUAAGGCCCCAGCCCGCUGGCUGCUUAAGUGUAAGUCCUUGGUUGAGAUUGAGUCGUUUGCUAUAAGCCCGGAUUACACUAAGGUAACAGUUCAACAGGGUUUUUGGGUCGACAGGGUCCCGACUUGUCUCUGGCGGGCUCUUACAGAAGACGUUUUUGGCGAGAUCGAUCGACGACAUUUCCAGAUGAUGAAACACAAGCGACUGACUCGGCCCUCGGCCGGAAAAGGAAUAGAGGUACUGUAUACAAUAGACCAACUAAAAAGAGACAGUAUAAUACCUUGUUGCUAGAGGAAUCGCUCGUCUUGCUAGAGCAGCUUUGGCAACGCGUUGGCACAAAUAGCCGCGAUCUGAACCACAUAAUACGUACAGAAUACAGCGGUGCUCACGUACGUACAUGCAUGGGGCUCAUGGGCUUUACUCACAAUGGCCAGUAUAUGUACUUAUAAAUAGCUAUAAUCGUGGC